AUGGCUAAGAAGCUUUUGACUAAGAAGAUUACUUUUGUGAUAUCAGUUAAUAUCGUGCAAAUUAAGAUAAAAACAAACAUUGUUUUCGUUCAUUCCAUUUUACCAGACAGAACAGGUUUUAAAAUGGAAUCUAAUCUGAGUGGCGACACUGCACUGGCAGCUAAUGUAGUAAUUAGCUGUAUUAUUUAUAUGUCGACUGUUUUUAUCGUAUCGCUCGUGAUUAAACUAUCGUUAAGGACAUGCCAAGAUAGAUUGACGUUCGUAAACCUCGCCGACGACGCAAAAUAUCAUCUGACAUCGCUGUCAAUGGAAAUCGUUGAAAUCACCGAACAUUAUUGUUACACCAUGAACAUCGGAAUAAUACUGAAAUUGUAUAUUUUAUCGGGAAAGAUGGCCGUGGUGAUAUUGUUAAAAUUGUUUUGUAAUUAUUUGAUAAAACUAACGACCAAUUCGUGUGCGUAUUACGUAUUUCGUACAAAUUUAGUGUUCAUAGUCUAUCACACCAGUCCAUUGGCAUUGUCUGUCGUAACUAAUUUGCGCAACUUCAUUAUUCAACUCAAACAUCGUAGACGAAGAAAAUAUACGACGAGUUGUCCGGAUGGUCAUAUUACCAAUAACUACACAAAGGCGUUAAGAGACAUUGUUGUACAAGAUUUGUAUCAAGGCGUAAACGUCUUAAGAAGUAUAGUGGCAUUAAUCGCAUCAAGUUACAUUAGCAACAGGUGCACUUUGGCACUGUGGUCCGUUAACAUGCUGAACACGGAGAGAACGUUCUUCAAGACCCGAUGCUCUAGGAAUUUAAAAAUUGCUGACACGUUGAACGCGGCCACCGGGGAAGCCGUCAUCACUUUCGCGUACUUGGCCAUGCAGUUGGGUUUGCGAAAGGCGUGUAAGUGCUUGCGGGUGUCCAAAAAUCUAUUGACAUCGUUUGUACUGAUGUACAUAAAUAUGACCGUGUUCAGAUACACCGGCGUGCUGAUGAAUCCGACUUACGCGACGGCCUUGAUGUACGGUUGUCCCGGACAAAUCAAUAGGGACCAUUUCAUCAUUUUUUGGAUCGGACCAAUCAUCGGUGCACUCGUCUUUAAAGACGUCGUCAAAAUAACACAAAUUAUGUCAUCUAUUGACGACUUGCAUAAUUUUGGAAUGUUAAAAACCUUGCACGCUAUAGUUGAGGACAAUAAUCGUAAACGCGAUGAAAGCGAACAAAAGAAAGAACAACUACGAUUUCGGUUACAAAAAGGUGAACGGAAACAAAGCAAUAGUGAACAAUUUACACAAGAAUACGUAUCGUUGGAAAAAAAAAUACAAAUGUUCAAACAGAAAGAAGAAGAAAUUGAUUCGAUUAUCGAGAAGUGUACGGCCGAUGGGGAACAUACAGCAAUACGAAGAGAAACGGAAAAAAACUAUGUAGACAAAUGGGAAAAGGCUAGAAUAGAAAAUUUCAAAUUUCAAUUUAAAUCUGAAGAACUAGAAUUACAGAAAUUUAUGGCAGAGUUACAAACCAAAAUGAAAACGGAUCAAAUCGUAGAUGAAGAGAACGAAAAAUUUUUGGACUACACUAUAAAGGAAUUAGAAAAACAAAUCGAGUAUUGGGAAUGUAAAUAUAAAACUGAUACUAAGGAAAUUGACGAACAACUAGAGAACCUUAUUAUAACAUUGGCAGAAAAAUCCAAAGAAAUAGAAAGUUUAAAAAAAACAUUUAAUGAGAGGCAAAAUAUUAUCGAGGAUCAUGCCAAAAAUAAACAAAGAGUGGAAGAAGAGAAAAAACUUAACGAACACAUGGAAAAAAUGGCCACGAAAAUUCAAGCAUGGUGGAGAGGUACAAUGGUCAGGCGUCGCCUAGGUCCAUAUAAACAUCUGUCGGGGCCUAGAAAGAAGAGUAUUAAGAAACCGUUAAUGAAUAAAGGGAAAAAAACGAAGAGCAAAUAGUUUAUUAUUUAAAAAUAAAUAAUAGUUAGAGUUAUAGUGGUUAUUAAUUUAUUAUUUAUCUGUACCUGUCAUAAGUCGCAACAUCUAUUAAAAUAACUAUUAAAAUUAUCAUUGGAUAUUAUCAGAUUUUAAAAAUGUAUUGGCAUUACCUUGAAUUUCAAUACGUCAAGUUUUAGGUAAUGCACAACCAAAAUCUGAAAAUAAUGUCAACAGGUUUUAAUAAUUGAAAAGUUUAUAAACGAUUGUUUAAAUGGGCAAAUAACACGGAGAUUGACCAAGGUUUUGGUAAUUAAAAUAAGCCUGAGUACGUGUACAGUUAUUAUAUAAGAAAACAAAUAAUUAAAAAAUUUGUGCGCCUCUUCUAAAAAUAAAGGUAAAAUUAAAAACGAAAAAAUGUCCAAAAUCAAUAUUUGAUCAAAAACGCCUGUUUUUUUCAAUUUCUUGGAAGUUUUUCCCACCUUCAGGUGACUGUCAGGACCAUAUACCGACUACAGAGUAUACCAGAAACUAAAAUUGUGUGCGGUACGAAAUUAAAAAGUGUGUAGUAAUAAUUACCGAAUUAUGAAAUGUUGUAGGUAUAUUUAAAUAAAGUUAGAGCUAGAGGCCGGAAUAAUAUUCUCUUAAAAAGUUGAAAAUAUUCUUCCGAUAUUCGUUAAAAACCAUAUAAUAAAAUAUGUAAAAAUGUGUUUUUAUAUUAAUAUAUUCUUUUAAAUUAAAAAUAUGCCUUUAUAUGCAAAAGUAUGAAGUACAUAAUACAAAAAAAUACUAAUAUAAAUCGGUAUACCUAGGUAGUAAAUAAUAAUACAGCUUAAAAAAAACUUUAUCUUAUAGCCACUCAGGAGAAUGAAAAGUGGCCGCCGGCGAUAUGUCAACAAGCUUUUUUUUUUCGAAAAACAGGAGUAUUACCAUUCUAUAAUACAUUUGUAAUAGGUAAUUAUAUCUAAAUCUAGUAUUUCACUUUGCGAACUCAUCACGGAAAUUCACCGUGCAUCAGUAGCAAAUCAGUGGCUACUUCUCAUUCUCCUGACUAUAGUUAACAUUUUAUUUACUUAAUUAAAUAAGAUUAAUGACGUAUGUUUAAUUAAGACAAUUUUUCAUCGUUAUUUACAGACUAUAUAUUUAUUAUUAUAUGGGGUAUAAUUAUCGUAUAUACGAUGGUAUAUAAUACA